GGACUUCCCUUGCUUAAGAACAAUUGGCAUUCUCGGCAUUCUCACGAUUUAGAUUUGCAUUGCAGACGCUUGACCGCUGGACUUAAGGCUUGACAAUGCCGAAACAGAAGUUAAACUUACCAGAAAAUCAGGAAGCUAGCGUCGAGGAAAUCAUUUGUGAAGUUUGCUUCAAGCACGGCAAUAGUAAGGUUGCAGCUAUCGGAUAUUGUAGAGAUUGUGUGUCAUAUUUCUGUACACCUUGCUUGAAAGUUCAUGAAGUAAUUUUGCCGAAACAUCACCAAUUACUUGGUGAGGAUGUUCCAAAACAUUUCAGUCAUGAAAAAUGCUCAGUUCAUCCUGAUGAGUUUGUCAAGUUUUUCUGUGAGAUGGAGAACAAAUUUGAAUGUAAAAUUUGUCAUGAUAUGAAGCAAUGCUCAUGCUGUAGGAUUUUACCAGAUUUUGUAAGGAACAUGACUGAAAAAGAUGAAAUUAAUCAUUUUGUAAAUGAUACUGUCUUGUGCUUAAAAUCUAUAAAGCAACUAGAUGAAUCAGUGAAUAGUAAUAAGGAUUUGUAUGAUAUUUGUACUAACAACUCAAAGAAUGGUGGUACAUGUAGCUUGGAAUCCUUAAGAGAUAUUCCAAGGAAAUCUGGAAGGUCAAUGUACAUGGUAGAAAUUCUUGAUAGAGAUCAGAUGGAAAAUGAUAUAACUGAAAUAUGUAAUGCUAAGGAGGGUCUUGUGAAAAUUUCGUCGGAUGUUCUGGACAGGAUAAAAGACCUAUCAUUGUGCCAGUGUUUGAUGGAAAUUGAAAAGAAGAAACCACUACUUAAUCAAAUUAAAAACAGUAUGUUUGAAAUACAUGAAGAGUUAGAAAUCACUUCAUACAAAGUGGACAAUGGUGAUUUGAUAAAUAAAUCAAAAACUAGCACUUCAUGUUUCUUAGACAGUGGCAAACAAAUUUUCCAGAAAUUUAUCAAAAAUGUUGGACAUGAAUUCAUCAGAUUUCAAAGGAACAACAUUUCUCUUAAGUUUGCAAUCUUGUUGGUAGUCAGCAUUGUGCUUUCAACUUGUUUACUAACUUCGAAGAUUGAACCAGAACAGUCAAACCUGAUUGAGCCAAACAGAUUUGUUUCAGCAAAGGCUGAGUCUGACCAGUAUGUUCCGAAAUUCACAACAACUUGCUUCUUAUCAGAGCUAAACAUGAUCAUAUUAUUUGAUGAAAGGAAUUCUAAUAUAAAACUACUUAAUAGUUACUAUUUGAAAGCUGUGUAUCAACUAGAGCCAUAUAAUGUUUUGAGGGCUGAUCUUAAAUGUUCUCUUGGUAAAGAUGACACCAUUCUAGUUAAUUUGGUAAUGGCUUUGAACACAGAAGUUCUGGCACAGGUAUUAGUGGUAGAGGCAAAAGAAAUGCAAUCAAUAUUUCAGGCGAAUGUGGACAUGUCUUGCAAAGAUGUCACUUGGCUUGAUCCUGGCCAAAUGAAGUUUCUAUGUCUGUUUCAAAAUCAGACCAUUGCAACAGUUGAGUUAAAAGAACAAGUAGUCAAAUCUCGUAUUAGAUUGAAGGAAAAAGAAGACACAGAUAUUACAGAAAUUGCAUACAGCAUGACUACUGAUUUUUUGUAUUUCACUGUUACUGGGCCAGAAAAUAAGGUGUGUCAGCGAAAAUUAGCUAGUGAUGAAAGCGUUUGCUUGUCAAGUCACCAUUUACUAAGAGGACCGUUUAACAAUUUGUUAUCGAAUGAUCAUGGUCAAGUUAUUGUCAGUAAUAGAAGCUCAAAUGACAUGAUGGUGAUUGAAAGGGAUAUGUCUUCAGUUAAGAUAUUUCAUAUUCAGAAUGAAAACUCAAUCAUUUGUAUUGCAGUAUCUGAACCAAACAGUUUGUACAUUCGAGAAUACAUGUUUGUAGAUGGGCACACCGGUGAUAUUUAUUGGGGUUAUCAUCUUUCAAGUGAAUAUUUUUAUAUGUUGAGAGUAAAACUGUUUGUCUGUUUAGUUGUCAUUAUAAGCUUUUGUUCUUGUUUAAUAUGUUGAAUGUUUGGAUUGAGCGAUUGUUGAUCAUUCAUAAUUAUCAUUUGUAUACACAUAAUUGUCAAACUUUUGCUUGAAUAAGCUUUUUUUGUCACAUGGAGCAGCAAAUAUAUGGGGAUGAUAGUGAUAGUCUGACCUAUACAAGUUAGUCGUUCCUACCUAUGAACAUUUUCAACAGUGCAGUUCUACUGUCUUAAAUUAUUAUUGAUGAAACUGCUGGCAAAAUUAUGCCUCUUUACAUUGAAAUACAUUCAGCCUAUUUCUUGUUUUGGCAUCAUAAGUACUCAAAUUCUCUAUUUUCAUCUCCGUUUUGUUCCCUUUUUAUAUUUGAAACGACCAUUAUUUUUUCAGCAAUCCGGACAGGCUUUCACUUAUUAACCAGGUUUUCACAUAAAACCUGGUUAUUAGAAUGAUGAAUGUCGUUGUUUGGGUGGCCGGCGGGCGGGCGGCGUCAAACUCACCUACGAAACUGAAUAACUUUAGUAAGGGUUGACAUAUCUUGACCAAACUUGGUCUAUAGAAAGAGUUUAUGGGUACCUUUCAUGGGAUUGUGUUUGGGGUCCCUAGGGUCAAGGUCAAUGUUACUAAAAAUAGAAAAAAUGGUUGAAAAUGAAUAACUUUAGUUAGGGUUGACAUAUCUUGACCAAACUUGGUCUAUAGGAAGAGUUUAUGGAUACUUUUCAUGGGAUUGCAUUUGGGGUGCCUAGGGUCAAGGUCACUGUUGCUAAAAAUAGAAAAACGGUUGAAACUGAAUAACGUUAGUUAGGGUUGACAUAUCUUGACCAAACUUGGUCUAUAGGAAGAGUUUAUAGAUACUUUCAUGGGAUUGUGUUUGGGGUCCCUAGGGUCAAGGUCAAGGUCACUGUUACUAAAAAUAGAAAAAUAGUUGAAACUGAAUUACUUUAGUCAGGGUCCACAUAUCUUGACCAAACCAGGUAUAAAGUAAGAGUUUAUGGAUACCUUUUAUGGGAUUGUGUUUGGGCUCCCUAGAUUCAAGGUCAAGGUCACUGUUACUAAAAAUAGAAAAAUGGUUGACACUGAAUAACUUAAGUUAGGGUUGAAAUAUCCUGACCCAACUUGGUAUAAAGGAAGAGUUUAUGGAUACCUUUCAAUGGAUUGCAUUUGGGGUCCCUAGGGUCAAGGUCACUGUUACUAAAAAUAGAAAAACAGACACAAGCUGAAGUUCUUCUGUCAAUCAUUAUGUCUCCCCCUCUCUGGGGGAGACAUAUUGUUUUUGCCCUGUCCGGUAGUCCGUCAGUCCGUCCGUACGUCACACUUCGUUUCCGAUCGAUAACUGGAAAACCGCAUGACCUAGGAUCACCAAACUUGGUAGGGAGGUUGGUCGUGAGGUGUAGAGGAUCCCAAUUGUUUUUGGGGUCACUAGGUCAAAGGUCAAGGUCGCGGCGACCCCCAAUAUAAAAAACAUUUCUGCUCAAAAUCUUGAGAACGGUUUGACCUAGGUUCACCAAACUUGGUAGGGAGGUUGGUCAUGAGGUGUAGAAGAUCCCUAUUGUUUUUGGGGUCACUAGGUCAAAGGUCAAGGUCGCGGCGACGCCCAAUGUAAAAAACAUUUCCGCUCAAUAUCUUGAGAAUGGUUUGACCUAGGUUCACCAAACUUGGUAGGGAGGUUGGUCAUGAGGUGUAGAGGAUCCCUAUUGUUUUUGGGGUCACUAGGUCAAAGGUCAAGGUCGCGGCGACCCCCAAUAUAAAAAACAUUUCUGCUCAAAAUCUUGAAAACGGUUUGACCUAGGUUCACCAAACUUGGUAGGGAGGUUGGUCAUGAGGUGUAGAAGAUCCCUAUUGUUUUUGGGGUCACUAGGUCAAAGGUCAAGGUCGCUGCGACCCCCAAUGUAAAAAACAUUUCCGCUCAAUAUCUUGAGAAUGGUUUGACCUAGGUUCACCAAACUUGGUAGGGAGGUUGAUCAUGAGGUUUAGAAAACUCCUAUAUUUUGGGGGGUCACAAGGUCAAAGGUCAACGUCGCUGUGACCUCUAAUGUAAAAAAAUAUUUCCGUGCAAUAUCAGGAGAAUGCUUUGAUCUAGUUACAUUUUAUACCAGUUUGAUUGAUUGGAAGAACUGAUAAGAUGUCAUAGUAUAGCCAUGGACAGGAUUCUGUGUUUAUAAAAAAAAGUCUCCUUAAAGCUUCAACUGAAUUUAUUAUGUCUCCCCAAUUAAUGGGGAGACAUAUUGUUUUUGCCCUGUCCGUCAGUACAUCCGUCACACUUCGUUUCUGCUCAAUAACUAAAGAACGCUUGCACUCAGGAACUUUAUACUUGGUAUGCUAGUUGGUCAUGACUAGUAGAUGACCCCUAUUGAUUUUGAGAUCAAUAGGUCAAAGGUCAAGGUCGCAGUAGAUAUUCACUAUUUAAUACAGGUGAAUAAACCAAACUUCACUGUUGGUUUGUCUCCUGUCCAUAAUUACAAAUUUCAUGUCCAUCUUUUUUUUUCUCAGAUACGACCACACAAUAGGGGAGACAAGCGCUUUUUCAAAAAAGUAAUCUCUAGUUGAAAACCUGGUUUCGUCGCAUUGCGGCGUUUCUUGUUUGUUUUUAAAUCAAUGCAGGCCUAAGUUAUCCUUUUGGUUUCUUUCCCACUGCACCUAGUAAAAUCAGAAAUAUGGCUCAAAACUCUAAAACCUAGAGUCAUUAAACAUUAGGGCAAUGUAAAUGGGAUGAUGUGUUUUCCCAUUGCGCCUAGGGCUUCAUUUAUAUUACCUAGAGUCAUGAAACUUUAGGGGAAUGUUAAUGGGAUGCUGAAAUAUUAAUGAUCCAACAACUGUAAUUAUCUUGGUUUUUGGCAAAUUGCUAAAAUAUUGUGAAAUAUAUAAACUCUUCCAAUAAUAUAUAUUGAUGACUGCAUAUACAGCAGUCUCUGUCGUAACUGGGUUGUCCGAAGCCCGGGACAAGUAAAUACUGUUUCGGGCAAGUCAAAAUUCCCAGGUGGUUGCCCGAACGGGCAAGUGCAUUUUUCUGAAAUUUAGAUCCCUGUUUUCAUAACUUCUUCAUCAACAAUUCACAAAUCCUGAUUGAAAGUUAUUUUUAUAUUGAAAUAUUGGCUUUCAUAUAUUUACGCAUGAAUUGGUUAUUUUGGGCAAGUAAAACUGUGUUUGGGCAAGCGGUUUUCCCAAAAUUAUUUGCUCGAAAGGACAAGUGCUCACAGUGUUCCUGUUUGCUUCAUUAUAUGGAUUUGGUAUGGUGUCUUCCACCUGUAGUUUAAAUAGUAUUGGUCUGAUUAUAGGCACUUUUAAAUUACCUUCACACCAAAUGUCCAAAUUUAAAACAUUUAUAGGCGCAAUAAUGAU